GUGUGUGAGAGAGAGCGUGAGGACAAAACAGAGGGAAGUGUGUGUAUGUGCUUCUUGAAUGAAUGUGCCUUGGAUGUCAGUGAGAGCGGCAGCCUGAAGGUGUGUGUGGUUGUGUGCAUGUCUGUGUGCAUUCAGCCUCUGCCGUCACGCCAGGAGUAUGUUGCCACCUGUGAAGAAAGAUCGGAUCAUCACUGAGCUCCCAAAGUGUUUUAGUCCAAGUGCCGCGCUACACACCAAGGAAGCCUUCCAUCCGCAGGUGAAGGCUGUCUGCCAAACGAAGAAGAGAGGCACAGUGGGCUUUAAUAUCGCCAAGGUGAUUGUAGUGGGCGAUGUCGCAGUUGGGAAAACAUGUCUGAUCAGCAGGUUUUGCAAGGGUGCGUUUGAUAAAAACUACAAAGCAACCAUAGGGGUGGAUUUUGAAAUGGAGCGCUUUGAGGUGCUCGGGGUUCCCUUCAGUUUACAGCUAUGGGAUACAGCAGGUCAGGAGCGGUUCAAGUGCAUCGCCUCUACUUAUUACAGAGGAGCACAAGCCAUCAUCGUGGUGUUUGACUUGAGCAGUGCUGGCUCUUUAGCACAUGCCAGGCAGUGGCUGGAGGACGCGAUGAAGGAGAACGAUCCAUCCAGUGUGUUACUGUUCCUUGUUGGAACCAAGAAGGACCUCAGUUCUCCAGAGCAGUUGGCUUACGUUGAACAGGAGGCCAUCAGACUGUCUGAGGAGAUCAGAGCAGAGUACUGGGCCGUGUCUGCAAAGUCAGGAGAUGGUAUCAAGGACUUCUUCUUCCGCGUGGCAUCUCUAACUUUUGAGGCCAACGUUCUGGCAGAGCUCGAAAGAAGGGGAUCAAGGGAUGUCGGAGACAUUAUCAGGAUCACUGGGAGCACAGAGGAUGUACGCAAACCGACCAAGAGGAAAUCCAACUGCUGCUGACGGGAGAGAAGACACAGAAAACAGCGAGGCCACGGACGACAGCGUGGACCGGCUGCACUGAUUACACAGCAAAGCAAAAUGGCAGGCUGAGCAGGAAAGUUACACUCACAUACACGGACUCCAUGGGCUGUAAACAUGGAAGUCAGUAGAACCCAAAGAAGCAACUUGAUAUUAACAUAAUGGUGUUUUAUGAAUGGGGGCUCGGCAUGUGGCCCUCGAAGGAAACUGGGGGAAUCUAAAUUAAAAGUUUAAUUUCAGUUUGAGCGAUUUCCCGUGUUGACCCUGUACAGAACAAGGAGUCAGUCUUCAGUUUAGUGCAUUAGUGUCCUCUCAGAAAUGUACACACUGUUGGCCAGGGGCUCCAACAAUCAGCGCUUUGUGGUGUGUUUGUUUACCAGAAAACUUAUCAAAAGAGGAAGAAUAUUCUACAAGGAGGCAUUAACUGCAGUGUGUUUUGCCUGUCACACAGACGUGCCUGUCUGAACCGAAAUUAUGUAUUUUUUCCCUCCAUUGGAUGAGACGUCAGCAACAGACCUAAUGCCGUUUUUGUUUUUUCGCUGGUUUAUUUUCUCCCAUCUCCCGUCAUGUGUCUGUGCUGCUAAUGCGAUGCAUACGCUGGCUCUCAUGACCGCUCUCAUACCCAUCACCCAUCUCUCUCCGCUCUGACAGAAGCAUCCUCAUGAUUGCAAAAAAAUGGAGGGAUUGUUUGCAGGGGUAGAAAUGAGCCGCGGUUACGUCUAUAGCCAAUUGAUUUCCUGCCCCAGUGAGGAGAGACGAGGAAGAAUUUUUGCCCUAGGAUGUUUUCACUAGCCUGAUAGUUUGAACUGCAUAUGUUUUGUCUUGUGUCAUAUUAAAAAUAUAAAAUAAAGGCUU